AUGAAUACCAGACCUAUCCUCGAUUCGGACACAGGCCCAUUUGUUCUCUCGGCCUCGUUCAACGCCGACUGCUCUCACUUCUCAGUCGCUCUUGAGACGGGAUUCCGCGUCUUCUCGUCGACAACAUGUGAGGAAAGAAUAGCCAGAGAGGUCGGUGGCGGCAUCGGCUGCGCAGAGAUGCUCGGCAAUAAGAGCUACAUUGCCCUGGUCGGAGGAGGGAAGCAACCCAAGUAUCCCCAGAACAAGGUGCGUCCCGAGGACUCUGACUGGAUUUGGGUCGAAAAGACUGACAUAAUCUUCAAGGUUCAAAUCUGGAACGACAAAACAGAGCGUUUUACCACGUCGGUCGAGUUCAAGACACCCAUCCAGCGUGUGCGCCUGUCGCAGACGCACAUGGUCGUUGCACUACUGAAUUCGGUAUGCAUAUACAAAAUGAAAGUACCUCCAGUCAAGACGGCCGAGUAUGAGACGGUCAACAAUCCGUUUGGGCUGUUGGAGCUAGGGUCGAGUAUCGUCGCGUUCCCCGGUAGAGCCGCUGGACAAGUCAAGAUAUACGAUCUGAACACAGGCAACGUCAGCAUCAUCCCCGCCCACGAAAGCCCACUACGCGCGAUCGGUAUAAGCAGAAGUUGCGAUCUCAUAGCAACCGCCAGUGAGCAGGGCACCAUCAUACGUCUCUGGUCCUUCCCAUCCUGCACCAAACUAGCAGAACUUCGUCGCGGUGUCGAUCCUGCUGCCGUAUUUUCUCUUGCAUUCUCUCCGGACGGCUCGACACUCGCUGUAACCUCAGACAAAUCUACACUACACAUCUACGAUCUCAAGACAGCAACUGCUGCGGCGCAAGCCGAUCCAGCGCAGCACAAGUACGGCAUUCUGUCCAAGAUUCCGCUUUUACCCCGACAAUUCUCCGACACAUAUCCCACUGCCACGGUCAAGUUCGAAAUGGGAGAUGAGCCUACCUCUUGGGGCCCGCACGGCAAAUCUGCUACCCUGAGUGUGGGCAUUCCCGGCGUACCCGGCGGUAGGCCUACGAAAGGAUUGAUUGGUUGGCUGGAUGACCAGACUGUACUAGUUCUUGGCGCUGGGCAAGACGCUCGGUGGGAGCGCUUCAUCAUGGGGGUUGACGACAAAGGGAAGAAAUGUCUUGUUGCCAAUGGCUGGAGACGCUACAUCGACUAG